AAUUUACUAGUCGGGGAUCUUAACAAUAACCCCCCCUCCCACAGAGAGUUGUUUAUGGUCCGGUUCAAAAUGGCUGUACAGAAACAGUUGUGAAGCUGUGUCGUUCUUCAUAAGAAACGAAUAUGUUGCGUAGUGCAAAUGUAUGAGGAGCUCUGUGAGGGAGCAGAAGGAUAUACAUUAAAAGUGACAAUGGCAGCAAUGAAAACCCAGGAGCAGCGGACCGGCCCUUUAAAAUCAUCCAUACAAAAUGAUAGCCGUCCUAUUGCACAGGGAAAAGCCGUUCAGUUUCGUACCAUUGCGCCUAAAGCUCCAACACUGGGUUCAUCUUCUGCAGUGAUAUCCAGCCAACCAUCCUCUACCCUUCCAGAGGCUUCUACAGCUGUCAGUCCCAAAUCCAUCUUAGUACCUGCACAAAACUUUGCGCUUAUGCAGGUAGCUGGACAAGAGGGUACUUUCUCAUUAGUGGCUUUGCCUCAGACAUCACCACAAAGUCUAAAACUACCUAUUCCCAGGUUUCAGUCAAUGCGAAGCCAGAGAACUUCAGAAAAGGCUAGCAGUAAGAUACAGAACUCAGCCAAGGGGGGCAAGCUUCCACAAGCAAAGUCUGCACUGAAAACCAAUUUGGGUGUUUCCAGUUCGCCUGAGACCCCAGAAUCAUCAUCUGAGCAGAUUGUUGGGAUAGGCGCUGCUGAUUCAUCUGAAAACUUGCUGCCAGAUAAUGCUGUCUUUUGUUCAGGGUCACCGAUAGACCAAGCUGUGAAAAGAAAUGUUGAUUCUCUCAACAAAAUAAGCUACUCCACUAGAGCCACUGCCACUGCACAUGUUGCUCCUGUCAGUAACAGCAAAACCAUAAAAACAGAAGGUACCUCUACAGGAAGUGCUAUUACUGUCCUUUCCCCCACUAUCUUCAGCAAAGCUGUCCAGAUCAUCCCCUCACCCCCCAAGGGAAAACUCCCCAUCCUGCCAUACGCCAAGGUGAAGAAUUCCCUUUUACCAUCCACAGGUCCUGCCAGUACCUUGUCCCCAGUGAAAGCCCCAUUGAUUCAACCCAAAAAUGGGCCAAAAAACUAUUCGGACAUCAAAGACUUGGUCUCCAAAGGCAGAAUCAGGAGUACAAAUAGCACUUGCUGCAAGAAACCAACAGGCAAGAAGAGAGGGAGAAAAAGGAAAACUGUGGAAGACAUUCUGUCUUUUGAAGCAAAGAAAAAGAGAUCGUUGUCAUUUUUCUCUAGGAGAGUGCCAGAGAAACCGCCAUCUAGUACCAAGUCUUCUUCCUCACAGGAUAAGGUUGUGGACAUUUCAAAAAAGUAUCGCAGUAUUCGGCCAAAGCCAAUCUUUUUUAUGGAAACCACUGUUCCUCAACUUCUACCACUAGCUUCUCUCUCUAGCUCUAAGAACCUUGACCAGAAACUUGUCAUGGGGCAGGAGAUGUCAGGAAAACCCCUAAGCACUGUCCAGUCAGGCUUAGUGUCUAUACCUUCCCAAGGUCAGCAAUCUAUGGCAGAAACUGGAAACUGUGGAGGGUUUGCAUAUGUGGGUAGUCGCGCAAUCCAUCGAUGUACUACCUGCAGUAGGUGUUUUCAGUUUAAGCAUCACCUACAGAGUCACAUGAACAGCCACAGUAACCUGAGACCAUAUGGCUGUCCGGUGUGUAGAAAAGCCUAUGCUCACUCGGGCAGCCUAAGCACACACAUGAAGCUUCACCAUUCAGAGGGGAGGCCUAGGAAGAGCCUCCGCUGUGAGUUCUGUGAGAAGGUGUUUGGGUAUGUUGGCGUGUACUUCAGCCACCUUCGAGAAGUGCACAGGGUCAUUCUUACUGUGGAGCCAUCCAUCCGUCAACAUGAAGAGAAUACACCCAUUGAAGGGUGUGUCGAUUCUGAAGACCACACUUCAGAGCAGCGUGAGGAUCCUGUGGAGUUACAGAUUAAGUGUGGCCGCUGCCAGGCAAUCACACCCACCUUUGCUGACAUGAAGCUACACUUAUUGUAUGUGCAUGGUGAGGAAGUCCAAGUCCAUCUAAAAGAGGGGGCCAUGCAUGAGGGACGUGAGGCCGAGAACGAGCUGGUUAAGCACGCAGCCCACUAUUGGAGGCAACUCAAUGAGAGGCGCAACUUGGUUCGGUGCGGAAGUUGCGACGAGGAGUUCUUCACAUUCUCCAAGCUUGAGCGCCACCUGCACGCCCACCACCACGGGGUUAUAGAGAGUCAGGAGGAAGAACUGGAAGUGAAGAAAGAAAGUACAGAAGAAGAGUACUUCUCUGAGGGGUCUGUCAAAUGUGUGACCCUAAGAGCAGGGUCACAAUUUAAUUGUAUACUGUGCAGUGAGGUUUUGGACAGCAAGCAGGAAGUUCUGGAACAUUGGAGGAGGAUUCACAAGUGUGAAAACCCAGUCAUGCUCUGGGAGGUUCUGGAUUCAAAGUGAGGAUACAAGUAGCAUUCGACCAAGCAGUAUGCAUGGAACAUUUUCAUUAGUUUCUUUCAUAUUUUUUUUAAUUUGAGUUUUGCACAGUUUUGUUUUGAUACUGAAAGGAAAAUGUAACUGUUAAUUUAAAAAGUUUGCUUUUUAUAUAAAUUGUAAAGUUCUUUUUUUUUGGCAUGUAUGUGUAUUUGUUUCUUUGCAACAGACACAGUUAUGGAAGAAUCGACUUCUAGACAGUCUUUUAAAAUUCAGCUUUGAGCAUUAUAAAUGCACCUACAGCGGUGGUCUAUAAUCUGAGACCACAAGUGAAAAUGCUUUUGUUAGGAUUUCUUUGUUUUAUUUCUUUUUGUUUGUUUUUUUUACUUUAAAAUACAACACCCAAGUUUUUCAGGUUCAUUCAUUUUGAUAAAGGCUAAUGCCAUGUGAACACAUGCUACAGUGGAUAAAAUAAAAUGGUAUAAACUCUGAAAUUUUGUACAAAGGCAUUAAUGGGCAAAUUGUACAAAAGCAACAUAUUGAAUAAUGAAUAGUUUAUAUGAUUUUUUAAAACUUUUUUCCUCAAAAUUCUAAAAUUGUUUAUUUCCAUUUUUAAAUUUACCAAUCCCAAUAUGGUCCCAGACUUUUAAAAUUUUUGCGAUGCAGGGGAGCGAUCCUUUGGAAGCUAAUUAAUAAUGCCUGAUUGGGCCAGGCAGUAUUUGGGAAAUGCAUAAAUACCAGGACAGUUAAAUAAAAAUCUAAUUGAUAAGCUUAUGUGCAAGGACACAAAAGGAAAAGUUUAAUCAAAAUGGCAACGCACUAAAUAUCUAGCAUGAAUAUGCUAGGCAGCUAAAAUUGAAGUGAAAUAUCCCUUUACCUAUGUAGCGUUUGGAAAAAGGAUUCAAGCUGGAAAGCAGCUCAAAGUAACAUGAAAUUUGGUUUAAGGUCGUAUAAGUUAAGUUGUACAGUAAGGAUUACAACAUGGUGCUGGUAAACUGCAUUUACCACUUUGUUUAUAGACCGCCUUUUUGACCCGCAUCCUCACUCUAGACUUUGCUACACUGCUACCACCUGUGCUGAGGACUUGGUCGUGAAAUUCUUCAAGCUGCUUAUCUCACUUAAAGAAAGAAAAUAUAUUCUAAAAAUCCUAUUUUAUAUACAGUUUCUAUUCUAAAAGUAACAGUUCUUGAUGUGUAUGUGGGAAAGUGUGUCGUGUAUUGUUUAAGAUGUAUUUAAAGACUAUUUUCGGUUGAAAGAAUCACAGGGUAAAUGAAUGUACCUUAACUGUUUCUAAACCCUACCAAAUGUUUUAAUAUAAGCCGGUUAAUAUAUAUGUUCCGAAAUAGAUUCAUUGUAUCUCUAUAUAGAUAUAUACACAGAUAAAUUGAGAAUAGCUUAUAUAUUUGCAAAGAUGAUAGUUUUGCUGCUGCUGUAUCUUGCCUAGAAAAAUGCUUCUAAGAUAUUAAACUUUUAUGCCACGUCUUCUAUUCAGCAUAAUUUCAGCUCUUGCUAUGUACUGUAAAUGCCUUCUUGCUUCUUAUAAAACUUAGGACAUCUCAUUCUCUAGACACAGGUCAGGUCCACUUUGUCAUCUUGGACUUGACAUACAUUUCAGCGUAACGGCAAUUGCCAUCGUGUUGCUGUGGAUGUUGAAUGUUUAAAUGUCUAGAAAAUUCCCAGACGCUGCUUAGAUUUCUCACCAGCAAUCAUAUUUUUUUGAAAAGAACAACAGUGCAUGAAAGCAUCUGAGAACUGCCUCUUUGAUAUCAGACUGUUUGUCUUACAGACUGGAGUUUAGAUUUAGCUAGUUUGAGUGAACAACCUUGAGCUGGUGUGAGUGAUUUUCUUGUGGUUUGUGAUGGUGAUUCUCUCAAGAAUCACACACGAGAUGUUUUGAUGUAAGCUGAAGUUUCAAAAUGUGCACAAAAACGAUUUUGAUGUCUAAAAGUGAAAAGAAUGCGGUGUCAUCUUGCCAGCGAUAAUUACACAAGUCUGUUUUAUGUGGCUUUUAACCUAACUUGUGCAUGUGUGCUCCUGUCCCUUAACAGUACAAAUAAAUCCACAUAAAUUAUUGGUGCCUAAAUAAAAAGAAAGUGAUAGUGACA